UAUGACCACAUCAAGCCGGCUGGUGGUGGUGGAGGAGGGAGAGGUGUGCCCAUGGACCUCCCUAACAGAAACCCCAUCACUGCUGGGGCCUUCAUCCCCCCUGGUGUCGCUGUCCCUGGCUCUCCAGGCCCCUCCGCACCCCCACCCAGGCACAAUGGAGGGAAGAAACCCCUGGUGCUGAGAGAUAGAGGUACAGUAGUAGAAACCCCUGGUGCUGAGAGAUAGGGCUACAGUAGUAGAACCCCCUGGUGCUGAGAGAUAGAGGUACAGUAGUAGAACCCCCUGGUGCUGAGAGAGAGCGCUACAGUAGUAGAACCCCCUGGUGCUGAGAGAUAGAGGUACAGUAGUAGAACCCCCUGGUGCUGAGAGAGAGCGCUACAGUAGUAGAACCCCCUGGUGCUGAGAGAUAGAGGUACAGUAGUAGAACCCCCUGGUGCUGAGAGAUAGAGGUACAGUAGUAGAACCCCCUGGUGCUGAGAGAUAGAGGUACAGUAGUAGAACCCCCUGGUGCUGAGAGAUAGAGGUACAGUAGUAGAACCCCCUGGUGCUGAGAGAUAGAGGUACAGUAGUAGAACCCCCUGGUGCUGAGAGAGAGCGCUACAGUAGUAGACACCCCCUGGUGCUGAGAGAGAGCGCUACAGUAGUAGAACCCCCUGGUGCUGAGAGAUAGAGGUACAGUAGUAGAACCCCCUGGUGCUGAGAGAUAGAGGUACAGUAGUAGAAACCCCUGGUGCUGAGAGAUAGAGGUACAGUAGUAGAACCCCCUGGUGCUGAGAGAUAGAGGUACAGUAGUAGAAACCCCUGGUGCUGAGAGAGAGCGCUACAGUAGUAGACACCCCCUGGUGCUGAGAGAUAGGGCUACAGUAGUAGAACCCCCUGGUGCUGAGAGAUAGAGGUACAGUAGUAGAACCCCCUGGUGCUGAUAGAGAGAGCUAUAGUAGUAGAACCCCUGGUGCUGAGAGAUAGAGGUACAGUAGUAGAACCCCCUGGUGCUGAGAGAUAGGGCUAUAGUAGUAGAACCCCCUGGUGCUGAGAGAUAGCGCUACAGUAGUAGAACCCCCUGGUGCUGAGAGAUAGCGCUACAGUAGUAGAACCCCUGGUGCUGGGAGAUAGCGCUACAGUAGUAGAACCCCCUGAUGCUGAGAGAUAGCGCUACAGUAGUAGAACCCCCUGGUGCUGAGAGAUAGCGCUAUAGUAGUAGAACCCCCUGGUGCUGGGAGAUAGCGCUAUAGUAGUAGAACCCCCUGGUGCUGAGAGAUAGCGCUACAGUAGUAGAACCCCCUGGUGCUGAGAGAGAGCGCUAUAGUAGUAGAACCCCCUGGUGCUGGGAGAUAGCGCUACAGUAGUAGAAACCCCUGGUGCUGGGAGAUAGCGCUACAGUAGUAGAACCCCCUGGUGCUGAGAGAUAGCGCUAUAGUAGUAGAACCCCUGGUGCUGGGAGAUAGCGCUACAGUAGUAGAACCCCCUGAUGCUGAGAGAUAGCGCUACAGUAGUAGAACCCCCUGGUGCUGAGAGAUAGAGGUACAGUAGUAGAACCCCCUGGUGCUGAGAGAUAGCGCUAUAGUAGUAGACACCCCCUGGUGCUGAGAGAUAGAGGUACAGUAGUAGAACCCCCUGGUGCUGAGAGAUAGAGGUACAGUAGUAGAAACCCCUGGUGCUGAGAGAUAGCGCUACAGUAGUAGAACCCCCUGGUGCUGAGAGAUAGCGCUAUAGUAGUAGAACCCCCUGGUGCUGGGAGAUAGCGCUACAGUAGUAGAACCCCCUGGUGCUGAGAGAUAGCGCUACAGUAGUAGAACCCCCUGGUGCUGAGAGAUAGCGCUAUAGUAGUAGACACCCCCUGGUGCUGAGAGAUAGAGGUACAGUAGUAGAACCCCCUGGUGCUGAGAGAUAGAGGUACAGUAGUAGAACCCCCUGGUGCUGAGAGAUAGAGGUACAGUAGUAGAACCCCCUGGUGCUGAGAGAUAGAGGUACAGUAGUAGAACCCCCUGGUGCUGAGAGAUAGAGGUACAGUAGUAGAAACCCCUGGUGCUGAGAGAUAGCGCUACAGUAGUAGAACCCCCUGGUGCUGAGAGAUAGGGCUACAGUAGUAGAACCCCCUGGUGCUGAGAGAUAGAGCUAUAGUAGUAGAACCCCCUGGUGCUGAGAGAUAGCGCUACAGUAGUAGAAACCCCUGGUGCUGAGAGAGAGCGCUACAGUAGUAGAACCCCCUGGUGCUGAGAGAUAGCGCUACAGUAGUAGAACCCCCUGGUGCUGGGAGAUAGAGGUACAGUAGUAGAAACCCCUGGUGCUACAGUAUAGAACCCCCUGGUGCUGAGAGAGAUGCGCGACAGUAGUAACCCCCUGGUGCUGAGAGAGAGCGCUACAGUAUAGACCCCUGGUGCUGUAGGGAGAUAGCGCUACAGUCAGUAGAACCCCCUGGUGCUGGGGAUAGAGGUACAGAUAGUAGAACACGCACCUGGUGCUGAGAGAUAGCGCUACAGUUAGUAGAACCCCCUGGUGCUGGGAGAUAGAGGUACAUGUAGUAGAAAACCCCUGGUGCUGAGAGAGAGCGCUACAGUAGUAGAAACCCCUGGUGCUGAGAGAUAGCGCUACAGUAGUAGAACCCCCUGGUGCUGAGAGAUAGAGGUACAGUAGUAGAACCCCCUGGUGCUGGAGAUAGAGGUUACAGUAGUAGAAACCCCUGGUGCUGAGAGAUAGCGCUACAGUAGUAGAACCCCCUGGUGCUGAGAGAUAGGGCUACAGUAGUAGAACCCCCUGGUGCUGAGAGAUAGCGCUACAGUAGUAGAAACCCCUGGUGCUGAGAGAGAGCGCUACAGUAGUAGAACCCCCUGGUGCUGAGAGAUGGCGCUACAGUAGUAGAACCCCCUGGUGCUGGGAGAUAGAGGUACAGUAGUAGAAACCCCUGGUGCUGAGAGAGAGCGCUACAGUAGUAGAACCCCCUGGUGCUGAGAGAGAGCGCUACAGUAGUAGAACCCCCUGGUGCUGAGAGAUAGCGCUACAGUAGUAGAACCCCCUGGUGCUGGGAGAUAGAGGUACAGUAGUAGAACCCCCUGGUGCUGAGAGAUAGCGCUACAGUAGUAGAACCCCCUGGUGCUGGGAGAUAGAGGUACAGUAGUAGAAACCCCUGGUGCUGAGAGAGAGCGCUACAGUAGUAGAACCCCCUGGUGCUGAGAGAUAGCGCUACAGUAGUAGAACCCCCUGGUGCUGGGAGAUAGCGGUACAGUAGUAAUGGUGUGUCAGUUUUAACUAAGAAGUUUUAGUAUGUAGUUUAGUUUGCUGCUAGGAGGUCAAUGUAAUGCAGCCAGCAGUAUAAUGCAGAGGCCUGUUACCUUUACUUCAACUGUAUCCUGUUGUCUUUCCUGUGUGUUUUCCAGCCUUGGGCUAUGACAGCAGAAUGAUGCCCUAUGGUGGAGAUGGCUCAGAGGUGACCGAGGCGGAGUGUUGGGCAGAAUACCAUGAAAACAGCGCCCAUGCCAAACCUCCUCAUUCCUACCUGGACGCCAUCAGGACCGGUCUGGAGUGUUCUGCCACGGCCGGCCCCUACCCUGUCUCUGUCCCCUGCCCCCAGCAACAGCUCUGUCCCUACGCUGCUGCAGGACAGUGUCACUACGUAAACACCUGUCCCUAUCUCCAUGGUGACCUGUGUGACAUUUGCAGGCUGCAGGUGCUCCACCCACACGACCCUGAGCAGAGGAGAGCUCACGAGAAGGUAGGACCUAUACUACUGACCUUUAACCCUAACCCACACAUGACCCCGAGCAGAGGAGAGCUCAGGAGAAGGUAGGACCCAUACUACUGACCUUUAACCCUAACCCACACAUGACCCCGAGCAGAGGAGAGCUCAGGAGAAGGUAGGACCCAUACUACUGACCUUUAACCCUAACCCACACAUGACCCCGAGCAGAGGAGAGCUCAGGAGAAGGUAGGACCCAUACUACUGACCUUUAACCCUAACCCACACAUGACCCCGAGCAGAGCAGAGCUCAGGAGAAGGUAGGACCCAUACUACUGACCUUUAACCCUAACCCACACAUGACCCCGAGCAGAGGAGAGCUCAGGAGAAGGUAGGACCCAUACUACUGACCUUUAACCCUAACCCACACAUGACCCCGAGCAGAGCAGAGCUCAGGAGAAGGUAGGACCCAUACUACUGACCUUUAACCCUAACCCACACAUGACCCCGAGCAGAGGAGAGCUCAGGAGAAGGUAGGACCCAUACUACUGACCUUUAACCCUAACCCACACAUGACCCCGAGCAGAGCAGAGCUCAGGAGAAGGUAGGACCCAUACUACUGACCUUUAACCCUAACCCACACAUGACCCCGAGCAGAGGAGAUCUCUGUACCCACUAACUACACUGGUAGGAGUGAUGCUGUCAUACAAACACAACAAUAAUUAGUUGUUUUGGACAUCAAGUGAUCAACAGAAGAUAGAUUGAAAACAUACGAUUACGUAGUUCAAUGUCUAUCUAUGAUGGUGAUUAUAAAUGAAAUAGCAUGGAUAUUGAUCAAGUCUAGAUUCAUAGCAUGUGAUGGCUGUCCCUCAGAUGUGUAUGUUGGUGUUUGAGGCGGACAUGGAGAAGGCGUUUGCAGCGCAGCACAGCCAGGACAAGGUGUGUUCCAUCUGUAUGGAGGUGGUUUAUGAGAAAGCUGCUGCCUCGGAGAGACGCUUCGGGAUCCUCUCUUCCUGCUGCCACACAUACUGCCUCUCCUGCAUCCGCCAGUGGCGCUGCGCCAAGCUGUUUGAGAACAAGAUCAUCAAGUGA